UAGGGUUAUGGGGCAUUUGUCCCAUAUCAUACUUGUGCGAGUGAGUUAGAUAGAUCGAUAAUUAACAUGGCACAAUAUGACGGUGCCCUUGCCAACUCAAAACGUCAUGUGUUGUGGGAAACCGCCGUCUCCCUUGGCGGUUCCUUGACCAUCAUCGACGAACGCACUGGGAAGAAGUACCAGGUUCCCGUCUCCACAGAAGGCACCGUUAAAGCGGGUGAUUUGAGGAAGAUGGGCAACAAGGGUGCUUCCAUUCGUUUUGAAGCUCCCGAUUUGAAGCCAAACAUUGUUACAUUCUCGGCGCUGCCUCAUCCUGAUGUCAAGCCAAUGGCAUAUGCAAACAACUUUCUUCGGCUGUUCCAAUAACUUACAUAUUUGUCUUGAAUGAUCUAUCUUCUAUGGUUUGGGGGAUACAAAAGCUCAACUGCUGAACAGAAGUUCAGGCAUUUCGUCCAUUGUUGAAAUUUUCCUUUGAUGUCAAUCAGAAAGGAAGCUGUUGGUGCCUUGUAAAAUGUAUGACCCCUUUUCUCUCUGUGUCUAUAACAUUUGUUCCUAUUUAUCCGAACAAUAAAUUUGUUGCGUUUCUAUGUUCGGUAUGCAUUAUUCUUGCUUAAGUUUUAUAUUGCUGCUGCUUUGAUGGUGAGGGAUAGAAAUCGUGUCCCCGUUUCUAAUAAAGCUCACGAUGCUCC